AUGCAUGUGCAGGGGAACCUCGUGGAGAAGAAGUACCCGAACCUUCUCACGGAGGAGUGUAAGGUCGCCAAACCGGACAAGGUGCUCAAGUAUGGAACAGCCGGGUUCCGGGAUCGCGCCGAGCUGCUGGACUCGACGUUCCUGCGCAUGGGCAUGCUGGCGGUUUUAAGGAGCCGCAAAACCGGCCUAGCCGUGGGCCUGAUGGUCACGGCGUCGCACAACGCCGAGCCCGACAACGGCAUCAAGAUGGUGGACCCGAACGGCGGCAUGUUGUCGCAGGACUGGGAGGGAUACGCGGAGAUGCUGGCCAACACGCCCAACGGAAAGGUUUCGGAAUCUCUCGCCCAAAUCUACACCAAGGAGGGAAUCUCUCUCUCGAAGCCCAAGGACGGCAAGGGUGCUGCCGGCAAGGUCGGGGAGGGGGGGGGCGACGGGGAGAACGAGGAGUUCACCCCGGUUGUCUAUGUUGCCAAGGACACCAGGCCCCACAGCCCGAAGCUUGCCGCCCUCGCUCUCCUGGGCAUCUCUCUAGUCGGUGGGGAGGGGCUCGACCAAGGCGUCAUGACGACGCCAAUGUUGCACCACUGCGUCAGGAUGGCGAACGGGGAGGCCGGCUCGGGACCGUUUUGGGGGAAGGAGGAGUGGCGCGGAGAGGAGGGGUACUACAAGAUGCUAGCCUCGAGCUUCGCGGACCUCCUAGCCAGCGCGGAGGACCCUAAGAAGCGCGGCGGCUCGUGGUUUCAGCGGGCGGCAGCGAGGCAGCCGAACCCGGGAGCCGUGUUCGUCGACGCCGCCCACGGGGUGGGGGCGCCGAAGCUAGAAGCCCUGGCAAAGGUGUUGGCGGAAGAGAUGCCGGGGGGACGGCUAGAGGUGGAGGUGCGGAACCGCGUGGGCGCGGGGCAGUUGAACGAGGGCUGCGGGGCUGAGUGGGCGCAGAAGAAAGGAGUCCCGCCUUCCGGGGUAUCUGCGGCGAACGACACCGGCAAGCGUCUGUGCAGCUUCGACGGAGACGCGGACCGACUUGUGUACCACUUCUUCGACGACACUGGCAAAUGGGUUCUCCUAGACGGGGACAAGAUCGCCGCGCUGUGCGCUGCCUUCAUCCACGAGGAGCUGGCAAAGCUCGGUCUGGACAAGGAGUUUUCGAUGUCCGUGGUCCAGACUGCCUAUGCUAACGGGGGAUCGACCCAGUAUCUCAAGGCGCAGGGGGUCCCCGUGGCGAUCGCGAAGACGGGGGUGAAAUUCGUACACCACGAGGCGGAGAAGUACGACGUGGGGGUUUACUUCGAAGCGAACGGUCAUGGAACUGUCCUCUUCAAAGACAAGGUCUUGGCUCGCCUCGUCGACAUGCAGAAGACGAGCUCUAGUGACGCGGCGAUGGAGCAGUCUGUCCGCCGGCUGCUGUCCUCGGCGACGCUCAUCAACCAGGCCGUUGGAGACGCUCUGAGCGACCUGCUGUUUUGCGAGGCGGUGCUUCGCCUCAAGGGGUGGAGCUGCAAGGACUGGGCGGCGUUGUACGCGGAUCUCCCCAGCCGCCAGGCCAAGACCGCGGUGGCAGACCGCUCCAUCAUCACCUGCAGCCCAGACGAAACCAGCGCACUCCGCCCCCCCGGGCUUCAGGCCGCCCUCGACAAGGCCAUGGCUACCACCCCCAACGGCAGGUGCUUCGUGCGGCCGUCAGGAACGGAAGACGUCGUGCGCGUCUACGCCGAGGCUGACACCCGAGAGGCCGCUGACGCCCUGUGCCUUGAGGCCAUGCAAGCGGUUCACGACAUCGCGGGCGGUGUGGGGGAACGGCCUGCCUCCGUUUGAUGGAGUGCGGUGUUUCCUCAUGGUACCGUAGAGAAUCUCCGGUGCACUCGUACCUACUCUCAGCGGUUCAAUAGCUUAGAGGUUUGGAGCAUUAGGCCGAUAGCCGUGUUUACUGUUGUUGCGUUUUUCACAUGGCCAGGCCUCGACUUCUAAGACCACAGCAAAUGUUGUAAGGAUCAGAUUUAGUCAGCCGGUGGAGCUCUCUGGAACGAUGAACCAGCACCCGGUGCAUGCGCGUGGUAGAUCUCUCACCGCACUUUUUUAUGGAGUCCCUGUAGAGCGACAAGGUUUCGCGGUCUGUCUAGAACAUGCUGGACGGUCUCUGAAUGACGACAUGUUUGUCGCCCGCGAGAGGUAAAUCAGGAGCGUGAACUACUUGUUGUGCAUGUUCUUGCAGACCGGAUAGUAGAUAGUCGGGAAAAAACAGUGAACCAUAUUUCUGUGAAUCGGGAGUGUGUGCCCUUUUCUGGAUAGCUGGCCUGAUGACGAAAGGCGUCUGUCCGUGUCAGUUGGACCGGUAGAUGUUGGCAAGUACCUGAGCAACGACAAGAACGGCGUUUUUUUUGUUCUUGAAACUCCGGGACAACAAC